GCAGCAGGUCAGUGCAAUGAGCGGACAGGCAGAUGAAUGCCAGGGCCAGGGGGUUAUCUUAAGGAUUGAAGUUCACGGAUAGGAAGGUGCGCUGUUUUAAUACUUCGACAAGCUAUUUUAACCUUGGGACCACAAAAUGGAGUGCGCGGUUGGUGGCACCGACUAAUGCGCCCAAGUGGAGCAACGAAAGUCAGCGAUGGUAACGAAGGACAACAUGGGACGAGUGCACGGAGAAUGGGCAAACAAUGAAUGCAUGCCAAAUAUUUUUGCAAACGUUGGACUCGCUGUUGACCUCAAGACGUUUUUUCGACGUGCCUCUGGCUCUAUAGUAAAUUUGGAGACGGACCAAACAUAGUCUUUGGAUUUGACAAGCAAUGUAAUUUAGUGAACUUGAACAUUGAUGUCGUCGGACUGCAAGGAAGGAGAUUCACUCAUGAGAGAUUUCAGGAUCUACAUCAUGACGUGGAACGUAGUCUGCCGUGGCCCCAUAGAGGACUUGCAUUGUGCUCUUGGCCUCGAACCUCCAAUAAUUGUGGAAUCUCUUCCUGACAUGUAUGCCAUUGGGUUCCAGGAAGUGAGCGCUCGACCUCAGCACCUAAUAACGCAGGCCUUCUUCGAAGAGCCUUGGAUACAAGCAGUCAAGGAUGCCUUACGGAAGUACUGUUAUGUGAAGGUGAAGCAUGUCAGACUGCAGGGUCUGGUACUAGCAAUCUUCAGCAAACGUGAGCACUUGAUUCACUUGAGGGGCAUUCAGUCGACCUACACAAGAACUGGCCUCGGUGGAGUUUGGGGUAACAAAGGUGGCGUAACCAUUCGUCUCUGUGCAUACGGUUGCUCAAUCUGCUACGUGAACACUCAUUUAGCUGCUCAUGACAGCGAAACUCUGCAACGUAUUAAUGAAUACAACACCAUCAUAGAAAAGCAGACUUUCGUCGACUCUCAAGCGACUAAUAUUUUGACUCACGACUAUGCAUUUUGGUUCGGAGACCUCAAUUUUCGUGUUGACGAUUGCACGAUGGAGGAGAUGAGAUCAUCAAUUGAAGAUGGCACUUUCCAGAAAAUGCUUCCAAAGGACCAGCUGCUGAGGGUGCGGGUACGACGGGAAGCAUUUCACGAAUUCAUGGAACAAGAUAUAACCUUUCCCCCGACUUACAAGUUUCAAAUAGACGGCAUGGGAUAUAAUUUUAGUACCCGCAAACCGGCGUGGACCGACCGUAUUCUGUAUCGGUUCACAAAGGAUGCUUAUGACAAUACAACCUUAGACCUGAAAACGCAUCAUUACGGGAGUCACACCCUCCACAUUCAAAGCGACCAUAAACCCGUCUCCGGGUUCUUCACAAUAAAGGUAUUUGCAAAGCCUGAGCAUCCCAUGAUAUACUUUAUGCCUGUUGGACCAUGGGUCAUAAGCCAGGACUGUUUUGCUUGGUACUACACACAUCCUGGAACUGAAGUCCAAUCCUGGGACUGGAUUGCACUAUACAGGGACAACUUUACGAGCCUGGACGACCACAUCGGCUACGUGUGGGCAUCUACACGGCCCACCGACGUACAUCCCACCGUCGGCAUGCGCCUGCAGCGCAAUCGUGUCUGCAGGGACAAACAAUCCCGUUCAGCCUCCGGCCGUCGCACGCACUCUCCGCCGGACUGCGACUCGGGAUUGCGUUCCAUGUCUGCCACACGGUCCCGCAAGGAUUCCGACCCCGCGACGACCUCGGACACCGACGCUCCGAGGCGCAAGCACCGCGGUUCGACCUCCAUAGCGAGCGGCGAGGCCAGCUCCACGCACCAAGCUCACGCAUCGCGCAGGGACUACGCGUUCUCGUGCGACGCACGACGCGCCUCGCAAGAGCUGCUGGGCGGCUCGAGGGACGCGGACACCGGGAGUGCCUCGCCGUUGGAGCAGAAGUGCAGUCCCGAGGAAGCGUCUGGGACGGCGGGGCGCAAGCAGCACGCCGUGCCGCGUGCGGAGGGCCACUCGCACGAGGAGCUGGUGAAUCCCGUCUUUUAUAGAGUACUGUUUGGUGACCACAGCCUUCUUGUGUCGGGAAAGUACAGACUGCUCUACCUGCGAGGGGAAUCUGAUGUGCUAGGCAUGAGUGAACCAUUUAAGAUAAAAGGGUCGGCCAUCCAAUCUUUCUCUUGACGUCCUCAUCCAGGCAGCUUUGGACAGCCUCAUAUUUUAUACUAUGCAUGUAAAUACGUGUCAGAAUUUUUUUUUUACGACAUUCCAUGGCAGGGAUUUGAGAUUAUCCAUUAGUGUGCCUAAUGUAUAAUGCGGAGAUUUCACAGCAUGACAUCCCAAACUUGCUGUAAUACAUCCUACAUUAUUUAAAUGGCUCAUUCAUUUCUUAAUACAAUUUCAACGCACACUGUACUUUACUCUGAGCCAGUCAGGUUAGCUUGGUCUACCUCGGAUCUGUGAUAAUCUGCUGUGUCAAUCGUAAGCAGCAAUAGCAUUUUGGGUGAUGGAUGAACAUAACUCAAUACAUGAAUCCACUUUAUGGGAAAGAAACUUUAGUAUGUACUUAUGGGAUGAAUAAAAGCAUUUACAAACAUGAUAA